AUGGCUCAAGAGAUUUACUUUAAUGAUCACAAGCAGAAGUUCACAAUGGAGCAUGCAUGGUUAGAACUUCGAUACGAUCAGAAAUGGCUCGGAGCUUCUACUACUAAGGAUAAAGUCAAGUCUAAAAGAAGGAAGGUGGAUUCCCAGACGGCACAGUCAUCAUCCUCUGUGCAAGAUGGGCAUGGAGAGGAAGCGAUGACUCGACCAGUUGGGGUUAAAGCAGCAAAGGGAAAAGGAAAAAAACCAGUGAGGAAGCAAGCUACUUUGGAAGAGGAAGAGAAGGAGAGGAUGGAAUUAAAGAACAUAUGGGAGAUUAAGCAAGCCGAUUUUGCUAACAAGCAAACUCUUAACAAGCAAAAGUUGCUAGAUAGCCUCGUCACCAAGACUGAACCUUUAACUGAACUUGAAAGCGCCUUAAAAAUCAAGCUUAUUACAGAGUUUUUAGUGACAUUGACAGAAGAAGAAGACACAAGCAUGUGGAGCAUCUCCUUUCCAACGUGA